GCGCGCGUGCGCCCGCUAGCCACGUCCAAAUUUCAAAACACGCGAAAAAGGCGUCCGCCCUCUUCCUCUCGCCCUUCUCCCAAAUCGCCGAGCCGAAUCCCGCAGAGAUCACGCGGAUUUCGCCCCAAUCCGCCCCCAGAUCCAAGUUCCGGGGUCGCUUUAGGUGGCGUCGCCGGCAUGGCGCAUACCCCGAACCCCAGCCGGAGGUCGUGGGUGGGCCCGCCGACCCCCUUCCUCACGCCGCGGCCCGAGCGCCGGGAGCUGCGGUGGGCGGAAGCGGGCUCGCACAGCUCCGUGCGCCGCAGCGGCGUAGGCGCCUGCAGCAUCAACGGCAGCAAUGACAGAGACCGCGAGGCGAACGUGCAGGUCGUGCUCCGGUGCAGGAGUCAGAUGCACAUCUCCAUGGUGUCUCUGAUGCGUUUUUAUGACUGGUGCAUGGUUAGACCGCUAAGCGUGGAGGAGCAGAAAGCGAAUGUCCAGAGUGCCGUCUCCUGCAACGACACCAAGAGGGAGGUCACAGUUCUGAACAGUCUAUUCAAGCAAGCUGACAAAACAUUCACCUUUGACACGGUUUUUGGCCCAAAAUCUCAGCAGAGGGCAAUAUAUGAUCAUGCUGUUGCACCAAUUGUCGAUGAUGUCCUUGAAGGCUACAAUUGUACUGUCUUUGCCUUUGGACAAACUGGAACCGGGAAAACUUAUACUAUGGAGGGAGAGAUGAUGCAGCAGGUAGGUGAACUGCCAACUAGUGCUGGUGUCAUGCCAAGAGCAGUGCGCCAUAUUUUUGACAUUUUGGAAGCACAAAAGGCUGACUAUAGCAUGAAGGUAACCUUCUUGGAGCUCUAUAACGAAGAAAUAACAGAUCUGUUGGCUUCAGAGGACCAAAGUAGAUUCCUUGAAGAUAGACACAAAAGGCCUACUCUAUCUCUUAUGGAAGAUGGCAAAGGUGGGUCUGUCAUAAGAGGCCUUGAAGAAAUUGUUGUCUACAGUCCUGGUGAGAUAUAUAGUCUGUUACAACAUGGAUCAACUAGGAGACGCACUGCCGACACUGCACUGAAUAUGCAAAGCAGCCGUUCACAUUCUGUCUUUUCUAUAUAUAUCCAUGUCAAAGUAACAACAACAGGGAAUCGGGAACUCAUAAAGUGUGGGAGGUUGAACCUUGUAGACCUGGCAGGAUCAGAGAGUAUAGCUCGAUCAGGUGCAAAAGAGGUUAGAGCAAGAGAAGCUGGAGAGCUGAAUAAGAGCUUAUUAACACUGGGUCGUGUCAUCACUGCACUUGUUGAAGAUUCAGUUCAUGUACCAUACAGGGACAGUAAACUCACCAGGUUGCUUAGGGAAUCCUUAGGUGGAAAAGCCAAAACAUGCAUCAUAGCAACAGUAACUCCAUCUGUCCACUGCCUGGAAGAAACUCUAGUUACACUUGAUUAUGCUUAUCGUGCUAAAAGCAUAAGAAACAAACCAGAGGUGAACCAAAAAGUUUGCAAAUCUGUUAUGCUUAAGGACCUCUAUAAAAAAAUGGAAAAAAUGAAACAAGAUGUAAAAGCCGCAAGGGAAAAUAAUGGAAUUUAUAUCCCCGAUGAAACGUUUGUUCUUGAGGAGGCAGAGAAAAAGAUAAUGAGGGACAAGGUGGAACAUAUGGAGCUUAGCAUGGAAAAGCAGAGCAAAGAGCUCGAAAAGUACAGAAGUUUGUACCUAGCAGAGCAGAAGCACAGGUUGAAUUUGGAAGGUCAGAAUAAAGAGUUAAAGGUGACGAUUGAAACUUGCAAGAGGGAAUUUCUGGAUCUUCAGGAAGCUCAUUCUAGAGCUAACAUGUCUCUGAAGGAAAAGGACUUCAUAAUCUCAAAUUUACUCCAUGCCGAGAAUGUAAUUCUUGAACGUGCAAAGGUUCUGUGUGGCACCGUCGAGACUGCAUCUGGAGAUAUUGCUGAUCUUCAGAAUAAACUAGGAAGACAAUCGAAAACUGAAGUUGAAAAUAAAGGGUUGCUAUUCAAUUUUCGGUCUCAACUAGAUCAGAGUCUUGGACUUCUUCGUAACACAGUUGUUCGGUCGAUUUGUGAACAGCGCCAAUUUUUGGAGUCCAUGACUGGACAAAUGAAUUCGUAUUUUUCAGCUAAAUCUGAGUCAGCUAACCAUUUGAAGAGAAGAAUCGCAAAGGCCAAAGAUAUGCAUACCUCUGGUGUGCAAUGCAUGAACGAGCUUGUCAAUACUCUGCGGCAGCGGUCCAUCACAGACUCUGAGCAGAUGAAACUGAAUAUAUCUUCACAAGCAAUAGCUGUUGACAAUUUUCUAGCAGUGAUGGUUUCAGAGGCUGAACAAGUAUUAACUGAGGUUUUGAGAUCUACUUCUGAACUCAAGGAGCUGUUAGCAUUUUCUGCUGAACAGCAAGAAUUAGGAUUGCAAAAGAGUCUUACCUCAGCACAAGCCAUGUCGAAGACGUCAAUAGAUUUCUUUAAUGAUAUCAGUACACAUGCGUCUAGGCUCAUGAAACUUAUGAAGCAAAGUCAAAGAGGAUGCUCCUCUCGUCUUGCUGAAUUUGAGAAGGGUUUUGAGGAAGCUGCUAUUAGAGAAGAGCAAGCUGCUCUUGACAAGAUUGCUGGAAUUUUAGCUGGCUUGACUGCCAGGAAAACGACAAUGGUUUCAGAAUAUGUUGGGCAACUGAAUGAGAGGUAUAGUGAGGAGCAGGAACACCUGGCGUUGGAAAUGUCCAGCCUACAACAAGUUUCAGAUAAUGGCAAAAAAGAGGCUGCAUCCUGUGCUGAAAAGCUAAAGAACCAAAUCCUGGAGGAUAUGUCAUCGCAUGCUAAUACCAAAGAUAAAAUGGGAGACGUCUUGCAGCAGUGCUUGAAGGGAAGCCACCAUUCUGUUUCUUACUGGUCACAUACGCAGUCAUGUUUAGAACAUCUAAAUAAGAGCUCAGUUCUGGAAGCUAAUGAUUUUAUACAAGAGAGAAGAAAUGAAAAUGAAAGUAUUAUCCAGGAGAUUCAACUUCGUUCUUCACACAACGAUGCAGGGUUCCAUGCCAUUACAUCUGAUAUUUUGACUACUUCAGAGAAUUCUCACUUAGUGGAUCAUGAAACAAGAGAGAGAAUGGAAACUCUAUCCACCUCCUUCUCAAAUCAUUUGGGAUUGCUGACUGAAAAACACAAUCAAGGCACAGAAUCUAUAAGAACCUUUGCAAGUAACUGUAUUGAAAAGGAUUACUCGGUUAACAGUCCAGUUCGUCAUCGCCCACGGGAGCUACUGGCCGGCGCAUAUAGCUUCGAAUCAAUUGAGGAACUGAGAGCCUCGAUGCCAGAUCUUGUGGCAAAAUUCAAAUCAAAGAACAAGCUGGAUGAAGUGGACAAAGGAAAAAGCUCCUCGGACCAAACGACACGUGCUCCUAGAAGUCCUCUCACGCCAGUCAAUCACUAGGAUUAGUGGAAGGCAGUAGCAGAAACUGUGAGAUUCUCCUAGUGCUGUAACGAUGGCAAGAUCUCUUGCCCGUUUAUGGCCGUGUCGAUUAAGCGUUUAUCGGGAGUGAAAUGUUGCACUUCCGUGCAGCAUACGUACCUGAUCGUAGGGUAGUGAAGACCAGGAUUGUAGAGGACAAGCGUUUCGUAAUAUCUAGAGGCCCGACCAUCGAUCUUGUUGCUUUGCAUGCUUUCUGAUCAGUCAAGUGGUCGAAUGUGCGAUGUAGAAUGCGUUUCUCAAUCUGAAGAUAUAUGUUAUCUCCAA